AUGAAUAUUAAGGACCUAAAAAACUUGGAUUGUGAUACUUUACUAUAUUUAGCAAGAGUUUCUGAACAGUCAGAGCGCUAUGACGAAAUGGCAUCAUACAUCAAUGGAUUUGCAAGAAAAACAAAUAAAGAAUUAUCUGUCGAAGAACGAAAUAUUCUUUCAGUCGCUUACAAAAAUGUUUUGGGCUGCAGAAGAGCUGCCUGACGUAUUUUAUGCUCAUUAGAAAACAGUGAAAAUUCCAUUCGCUCUGAAGAACAAAAAAUGCUAGCAAAAGCUUAUAGGCUAGAGGUAGAGAAUGAAAUAGAAAAAUCAUGCAGAGAAAUUAUAUAAUUUAUUGAAUUAUUUAGUAUUGGCAUUGGUAUUUUUAGUUUAUUAUAUAUGGCUAUAAUGAAUUAAAAAGCUAGAAUAAUAUUGGAAUAUUGUGACCAAUAAUAAAUUGAUACACAAAUUAUAGAUUUGCUGGAUUCGAAAUUAAUUAUUUCAGCAAGCUCAAGUGAAGCGCAAGUGUUUUAUUUAAAAUUGAAAGGAGAUUAUUAUAGAUAUAUGUGCGAAUUUUUAACAAAUGAGGGGAGGAAUGAAAACUGCAUUAAAGCACUUAAUGCAUACCAAGAAGCUGAAAAUAUCGCUAUAAAUGAGCUUCAAGGCACAAAUCCAAUUAGGUUGGGAGUUUCGCUGAAUUUUUCUGUGUUUUUGAUUGAAGUUAUGAAGGAUUCUGAUUCGGCAAAGCAAAUGUCUCAAAAGGCGUUCGAUGAAGCUAUGACUGAGAUUGAUUUGCUUGGAAAUGAAACUUUUAAAGAAAGCACUCUCAUUUUACAACUAUUAGCUCCCCUUCUGCGAGCGAGCAAAUUUUUUUAUGCUCGCUUAUGAUAUUUAAAUAUUCCAUUCUAAAAUUAAUCUAAUUUUAUAAAUUUAAAUUUUAAAUACAAGAUGUUAAAAUUCAACAGAGCCAGAAAAGAUUUCAUAAUUAUUAUUUAUAUAUAAAAUUUUAUUAUAAAAACAAUUACUUUGUUCACACAAGUUUUUUUUUUACAAAACUAUAGCUUGUUCGCUCAGAGAGAGGGAGAAUAAGAGACAAUUUAGUAUUAUGGUCAUCGUCAUAA